AUGGGUCAUGUUGUGACAUCUCCAGGGCUUCGCAAACUCACAGCGGAUGAGACUAUUCCCAAUCUAAAAGACCUUUCACUCAUUCUUUACGAUUUUUUGCAGGCUGAAGCAUGUCCAGAGUUGAUCUGGCUCUUGAUUGAUCUCGAUCAAGCGGUGAUUGCCUACCAGUGGUUUUUGGACAUUUUAAUGACAAUCGCAGAUGGCUGGGAAUCGAACUUCAAAAUCAUGGUCGUCGGCAAUUUGGAACGUAACCUUAUCCAGAUUGGUGCCGGAUUACAAAUUGACUAUCUGGAGCCAAAUCUCAGCUGCAAUGAAGUUCAAUUGGAAGAAAAGCCAACACCCAUCUCAUCAGGUCAUCUAGAUCAAAAUACCUCAAAACCUCUAUGUCGCCUAUUGGAAACACCUGAGCUCCUUAAUCUACAACCAGAAUUGAAUCAGAUCUUCAAUGACCUUUCCGAUCCUGAUUUUCUCCAAGCUUUGCAAUCUUGCCUUCCGUCUUUGAUCAAAAAUAAGGGCGUCAACUACGCCAAGACAGCAUUAUCGAGGCUUCGAUCCGGGUUUUCAGUUACAAGUUUUCUCGAUCAGAUUAUUCAGAUAGGAUCAUUAUUAACCACUCAAGACAACACAUCCACUGCGGCUCAGGUGCUUGAGACGCUUGAGAUGGUAAUAUUUUCCUUGAGACCUCUGGCUGCUGACGAACUUGUAGACCUAGAGAAAGCCGCAAGACAAUGGGACCCCUCUCGUCAUGAACGCUCACUGGAUCCAAAAUCUGUUACUUCCUGGCUCCCUGGAAUCCUCAUUUUACAAGAAAACGAAGUUCUCUUUUCACAUCGAUUACUCCGCGACCGCAUCUUGUCAGUUGAUAGCCCUGUUGCCCAUUUCAGGUCUGGGCUUUCUGAGAACCAUGAAUUUCACAAUGGAAUUGUGAAAUUAUGCUUAAGAUAUCUGAGCUCACCAUACGGAGGAGAUCGUUUAGCAAGUUAUACUUCUCUUGGUCGCCCUUCCAGUGAUGUAAUGCAACUUACAGGUCCUGAAUCGCGACAGAAUUUCCUCUCUUAUGCGGUAAAAUAUUGGCCCAUACAUGCGAAAUUAGCGGGACCAAAUUUGGAAAUUUUUGGUCAGCCUAUUCAAGAAUUUCUAGGAAACCAGGACCUUCUAAACAAGUGGGCACUCGCCUUUUGGGCCCAUCAGGGUCAAGGAAGCGGACAUUUGACGGGACCAUAUGCAAUCUUGGCACAACAUGGAUUGUUGACCAUGAUCCAGGAAGCAAGCCUCAAGAGUGACCACACUUUUGGGGAUGACCAGGAUUCUCAACAUGCCUUUCUAGCUGCUGCUUCAACUGGAAAUGAAGCUAUUAUUGGCUUCUUGGCCCCAAUGGUGAGUCUGAAUAGCGAGACAUUCAACAGAGCUGCAGUAGCUUUACUGGAAUUUGGUAUCGACGAAUUUGCCAUGUCUUCACCUCUGUCUGAGAGAAUGGCGUUCCCUAAUGAUCAUGGAACAAUGGCCCUCUUGUGUCGUGCAGCAUUUCUCGACGAGCAUAUUCUCAUUCAUCACGUACUUUCAAUUCCACCAUCAGAAAAUACACAAAUCGAGAUCAAUUUAUUUGGCCAGCUUUUGAGUCAUGCUUGCCAAGGGGGCAGUGUUCAAACCGUCAAGUUCCUUCUGAAGCACCGUGCACAAGAAAUUAGCAACAAGAAGCUUCUCCAAGCAAUGGCCCUCACAGUGCCAUACAGUCAUUUGAGUGUCGCCAAGCUGCUGGCAGAAGAAAUAGGUGAAAGAAUGAAACAAGAGAGUUUGGACAUCGCUCAGGGCGCAGAAGCAGCAGCGACAGAUCCCGAUAAAGUUGAUCUCUUGAGUGGCAUUGACAUUAUCCUGCAACUUGUGAUUAGUCGUGGGCAUUAUAAGAUACUCCAAGCUAUCUUGGAUAUUCUUCAGCCCAAAACUUCAAUAUCUUGUCUUUCUCUACCUUUGCUGAAACGAUCGAUUUUCUUGGCUAGAGUGAAAUGCUUUAACGUCCUCCAUGAGAUGUUCAUAGGCAAUCACUUGACGAUACACGCCUUUUCUUUCAAGGAAAUUAUCUCGCUACUUGAAACAGUAGUCCAGAGAGGCGAAGUUUCAAUUCUUCGUAAUUUGAUCAAUGUUGGUGUUCCUUUCGACAGAGAAUUUUUCAGUGGGUGCUUUGCUGCAGCUAUCAACCACCGUUACAAGGCCGCCGAUGUGGUUGAUCUCUUCAUAUCUGUGGCCAAAGAAAAUCUGGACGAGAUCGCAUUGAUUGAUGAGCUCACAUUACAUCUUGCAUCAGCGGUCAAGUCAAAUUUGCCAGAUAUCACGAAAUUGUUGAUUCAGGGAGGCGCAGACAUAGAUCGCCACACGCUGAUGAGCCACACCAGGACACCUCUUUUCCAUGCAGUGUUUGAAGGUCAUCUGGAAACAGUUAUAAUCAUUCUUUCUGUCCAACCAAAACCGGAUAUCAGAAGUAAAGAGCUUCAUCCAGAUGGCUGGGAACCCAUUCAUGCAGCGGCCGACAAUUUAGAAAUAUUGCAAUUGUUGAUUGAAAACAAGGCAGAUGUCAAUGCGCAAACGACCAACGGGUCUACAGCUCUGUUUCUUGCUGUGAAAUGGGGGAAAAUUGCUUGUGUGAAAGAGCUACUUCGGCAUAAGCCAAGGCUUGAUCUUAUAGUGGAGGACAAUAGCCUCCUUUCUGUUGGCAUCGAAUACGGAUCUGAAAUGAUCGAAUUACUUCUAGACGCCGGCGUAUAUCCUUGUCACAAAGAUGCAUUGUACGCCAACUCUUAUUUACUGCAUGAAUGCGUGAAAAACAAUAUGCUCAUCGGUCUACGUCGUCUGCUGCUGUUCACUCUGCCCCUGGAUCAAAGGGACGAAGACGGAAGAACGCCGCUCAAUUGUCUCCAUUCCACAACUAGUGUGGAUAUUGUAAAGUUAUUAGUCCACCGAGGAGCAUCUCCAGACACAAUUGAUUUCUCUGGAGUGUCCGUCCUUUUUAAGGCCGUCGAGUUCGGUCAUUUGGCUACUGUCAAAUUUCUGUUAUCACAAGGGGUGGCUCCCGACGCGCUGGGUGGGCAGAACGAGACUGCGAUACACUUUGCAUGCAUCAAUAGCUCAUUGGAGAUGGUCAGGUUGCUUGUGGAAAAUUGCCACUCUCUUGAUAAAAUCCAUGACGGCUCUUAUGGCACCGCUUUCCAAGCUGCUUGUCGGAGAUACGAUGUCGAGUCAAAAAAAGAGCUUUUGACUUAUAUUCUUGAUACGAAAAAGGUGCCAGUUAACCAAACUAGUAAGUGGUGGGGUGGCAACCUACAGAUGGCUUGCUUACUGGCCGACACGACCGUAAUUCAAAGGCUUCUUGAUCGUGGCGAAAGGGCUGAUGAGGUCGAUCGUUUUCGACGUCAGCCAAUUCACUUUGCAUCAUACCGGACAGCUGAACAUGUCAAAAUCCUCCGUGGUAAGAAUGCAGAUAUUCUGGCCGAAGACAUCAUGCACCGAUCUGUUCUUCAUUUUGCUGUCUCUGGUGGGAAUUUGGAUCUUAUAAAGUAUAUUCUUGACGAGCAUAGAGAGCUGCUUGAACAGGGAGAUUGUGACGGCUGGACUCCAAUUUUCUGGGCCCUUCGGCCCCGAAUGCAUUGGGACCUCACCAUAACUGGCCGGAAAAAAAUAAUUGAAGAGCUCAUUGAACGUGGAGCCGACCUUGAAAGAGUAUCAGCGGAAGGUAAAGAAUGGACACUGCGCCAGCUGGCUCAAUAUUACGGUCUUGAUCAAUCCGUGGUUGAUAUGUUUCCCUACAAAGAGGAGUACAUCGACGAGCAGAAACUCCCGAUCUCUAAAGCCGAGCUUAACUCUGACGGUGGCUAUUGUGAUGCUUGUCUACUUGUAAGAUGUCAUAUUUAA